UCUCAAAUGUCAAAGAAGAAGAAAGGGUACCGUAAGCUAGGUUUAACGACAAUUUGCUAAUCGACUUGUGAGAGUUUACAAACAUAAGAGUAAAAUCCCUGAGGAGAGACACGGUUGCCGCUGUUAGCGGGUCAUGCAGGUCUGUAAAAGGUAAUGAGCCAUAAAGCCUCGGGGUCUUGGCUCAGCGGCGCCCAUAAACUGCAGCCACACUGGAAUGACUGGCAAACGAGAAGUGAUAGUGUGUCGUCCAGUCAGGACGGAGUGAACCUCAGAGAGCUUGGUUCAGAAGAAUUGUAUGACGUAUUACCCUCCAGCAGUUCUGAACAGGCAGCGGUGCUCAGCGAUGCCUACAUUGCUGAUUACACACACCAAGAGGGUGGAUAUGAAGCUGGUCAAGAUGUCAGUGAUGCUACGCAUGGUUGGAAGUCGCUGGGGCAAGAGUUGAGGUCCAAUGACUUGACAACAAAUCUGACAACUUUUCAGCAUGGAAAACGUGCUAUAGCUUCAAAGGAUAUGAGGAAAUCACAGGACAGAGGGGUGGCUCACUCAGAGGAGUCUCGGCUGGCCAACCUCCUGCGCCGAGUCUCCAGGGAGGACGAUCGUGACCGUAGACUGACUACCCUCAAACAGUUAAAGGACUUCAUCAGCCACGGAGAGAGCAAAGUGACCCUGGUCAAACAGUUGGACGUCAUCCUCAGCACCUUAAAUGACAUUUUGAAUGAAAGCAGUAAGCUGUUGUGGGAGUUGCGUCAGGACGCAGCAGCCUGCCUGGGUGUCCUCUGCACCGUACUUAGCUAUGAGGCUGAGCGCAUCUUCAGGUGGCUCUUUGGCAAGUUCAAUACAAAUGCCCGUGAUGAGGUGAAGCUGUUGUACCUGGUGGCAGCGCAGUGUGCUUUGGAGGCUGCUGGAGAGAGGAAGGCUUUCUCUCACAUCAUGCAGCUGGUGAUGAGCAACCUACAGUCCAUCUUGGAGAAUGUGGACACACCAGAGCUGCUUUGUCAAAGUGUAAAGUGUAUUCUGCAGGUGGCUCGUUGCUACCCACAUGUCUUCAGCACUAACUUCAGGGACACAGUAGACAUCCUGGUGGGCUGGCACAUUGACCACACACAGAAGCAGUCUCUCACAGAACAGGUCUCAGGAUGGUUACAGAGUCUGGAGCAGUUCUGGGUGGCAGAUCUGACCUUCUCUACCACCUUGUUGGGGCAGUUCUUGGAGGAUAUGGAGGCUUACGCAGAGGAUCUGAGCCACGUGGUGUCGGGUGAUGUCCUGGAUGAAGAUAUCCCCCCUCCCUCAGUAUCACUGCCUAAGCUGGCAGCUCUGCUGAGGGUUUUCAGUACAGUGGUCCGCAGCAUCGGAGAACGAUUCAACCCCUUCAGAGGACCACCCAUCACUGAAGUCUAUGUCACAGAUGUUUUAAACCGCGUUCUGUCGUGCGUGACUACAGCAAAGCAGGUCCAGUUCUCCGAGGCAGUUCUCACAGCGGGGAACGAGUGUGUAGGCGUGUUGCUGGCUAGUGUGGAGCCCUGCGGUCAACUGAUGGAGGCUGUCCUCGCCUAUGGUCUGGAUCAGCUGGAGUGCUGCCAGGCCUGUGGCACAGACUACAAUCUAGCAGUGCUGAGCCUUCUGACUCUGAUUGUGGAUCGCAUCAACACAAAACUCCCUGUGCUCUUUGUUGAAAAAUUGUUGGUGCCGGAUUCCCAGCUUCUGAAAUUGCGCUUUCAUCGAGAAAAAGAGGUGAUAUCAGCUGUUCACGGUGUCUACCAGGCACUGCUGAGUUUGAAGAACAUUCCAACUCUCGAGGCAGUUUACAAACUGGUACUGGGUGAGAUGGCAUGUGCCCUUUCCAGCCUGACCUUAACCCUGGAGCCCAGUGGCAGGGCCCCAGCGGCUGAUGACAUCUGCCACAGCAUCCAGCACCCUGCGUUUGUAUCACUUACUCUUCCACUGGAGAAGGCCCAGUUCACCCUCAUCUUCAACCUUGGCACUCUCACCACCAUCGGCAACACCAAGAACUCUCUCAUCGGGAUGUGGGCAUUGUCUCCGACAGUCUUUGCUCUUCUCAGUCACAAUCUGAUGCUGGUUCACUCUGAGCUGGCUGUCUACUACCCUGCUGUCCAAUAUGCUGUUCUCUACACCUUGUACUCCCACUGUACCAGACAUGAUCAUUUCAUAUCAUCUAGUCUGUCCUCAUCUUCUCCCUCCCUGUUUGAUGGUGCCGUCAUCAGUACAGUAACGACAGCAACAAAGAAACAUUUCAGCACGCUACUAAGCCUUCUGGGAGGUCUGUUGGUGAAAGAGCACCUCCCUACUGAAGCCAGGAAGCUGCUGCUGACCUGGGCCCAGGAAAUCUCUGUACUGAUGAAGAAGUCCGACACCUAUAGUCCUCUCUUUUCUCUUCCUUCCUUCACCAAGUUCUCAAAGGGCCUGCUGUUUAAUGCUCUGAAUGAAGAUCAAAGCAUCUGCUUGCAGACCUGCCACAGUUUACAGGUUCUCUCUUCAUCGUUGUCCACUGAGCUGCUGCAGAGGUGUGUGGAUGUAUGCCGAGUCCACCUGGUUCACUCAGCAGUGAGGGUGAGACAGGCCUAUGGAAAGCUGCUCAGGUCAAUCCCUCUGGAUGUAGCUUUAAGUAACCACAGCCACCCUGAGAUGAGGGAAAUGUCACUGGCUAUCCGCCAUCACAUGAGCAGAGCGCCAAGCAGCACCUUCCAUCCCCAGGACUUCAGUGACCUCAUCAGCUUCAUCCUAUACGGAGUCCUGCACCGAGGAGGAAAGGACCCAUGGUUGGAACGUCUCUACUACAGCUGUCAGCGGCUUGAGAAACGUGACUGUCGAGGAGGUGUCAACGGCAGCUGGCCAGAUGCAGUGCCGCGGGCGCUGUUAAAGACAGAGGUUGUAUUGUGGCAAUGGGCAGUGUGGGAGGCUGCGCAGUUUACCGUACUGUCCAAACUCAGAACCCCGCUGGGCCGAGCUCAGGACACUUUCCAGACCAUUGAAGGUAUAAUCCGUAACCUGGCUGCCCACAGCCUCAACCCAGACCAGGACGUUGGAGCAUGGGCUGGUGCUGGAGGUGAUGGGGACGGGCACCACUCUAACCAGCUCCGCCUUGCUCUGCUGCUUCAGUACCUGGAGAACCUGGAGAAACUCAUGUACAAUGCAUAUGAGGGCUGCGCCAAUGCCCUCACUGCCCCACCAAAGGGCAUAAGAACAUUCUUCUACACCAACCGUCAAACAUGCCAGGACUGGCUUACAAGGAUCCGACUGGCACUAAUGAGAGUUGGCCUUCUGUCUGGACAACCAGCGGUUACCAUUCGUCAUGGCUUCGACCUUCUGACAGAAAUUAAGAACACCACCACUCAGGGUCCGGAGCUGGAAGUUCUUCUGAUGUUGCUUGUGGAGGCUCUCUGUGAGCUGCGUUGUCCUGAAGCCAUACAGGGGCUGGCAGCCUGGAGCCUCUUAACCUUGGGCAAAAGUUUGAGCUGGUUGUCAUCAGUUGCCCUGCAGGCUGAAGGACGGUUUGAGAAGGCCGCUCUUGAGUUUCAAGACCAGCUGUCUGCUGUAACAGGGAUGGACUGCAGCAUCAAAAAUAAUGAAUGCAGUUUGAUCAAAGUAUCAAGUAACACUAGCAGCCCAAAGCACACCAGCAAUGGUGAAAAUCGGAAGACAGUGCUGUUGAAAUCCAGUGAGUGCUCCCCCGAGGUGAUCAACUUCCUGGCUAACAAAGCAUGUCAGUGUUACGUGGCCCUGUGCGAUUGGGCCUCUGUUCGGGAGUGGCAGUCCACGGUCCAUGCUCUCAAACAGAACUCCAAAAAUCCAGUUACCAUUAACCUUAGGACAGAUUUCAACUACAUCCAGGCUCUGAGCCGCUUCGAGGAUGGAGAUUUGGCUGAAUGUGGGGCUCAGCUAGAGCUGCUGCCUGGAGAGGAUUAUAGCUCCCUAUCCAGCAGCAAGGAUAAAUUAGAUCUAAAGAGGCUUCUGCCCUCCAUGAGUCCAGAUCCCACUGAACUGCAGAGAGCCAUUGAAGUGCAGCUCCUUCGAAGUGCUGUUAGCGCUAUGAUGAAAGCCAACCAGCAGCAGGAACAGAAGACCACAGCCAAUCCAGAUACUUUAGUGCGUUGCCUGAAACAGACCGGACGGAUCUGUUUGGGUCCUCUCCGCUUGUCCACCCUUACUCUCUCUGAUGCCCUCCCCACUGUACCAACCCUUCAGCUCCACUGCGCUGCCACCCUGGAGAGUGCAGUGGGUGGACAAGAGGACUUUGUCAUUCCUCUGUACAGUGAUGCUCUGACGUCCUGUAAGCAACAGGACAUUAGACCUUUUCUUCAGGCCCUCAGAUACACCACGUUCCAGAGACAGUUCCUCAACAAACUAAAAGGAUGCUCCUCCACCGUUGACAGCCAUAUAAUGGAGCUUUGUCUGACUUCUGUCAAAUUUGCCCGUAAAAAAGGCAACAUUGCCCUGGCAUCCCGCCUUCUUAACCAGUGUAGAGAUGGGACACAAGACGAGAAACGGCAGGAUGACCUGAGUGAAAGCUUCAAACAUCUUACACUUGAGGGGACUCUGGAGGAAAAAUGGGGACCAGAGUUGCAGAUAGAAAAAGCCAAAGUCCUGAGAGCUGCAGGUCAGUCCAUGACGGCCAUGGAAAUGCUGAGCAGGGCUGCCCUGUCUUAUUGCAAUGUGGGCAAGAAUGAAAGUGCCGCCUGCCGCUCACUGUUAACACUCUGCAAAUGGCUGUUGGCCGACUGGAAGGAUAUGACGCCUCAGCUUAAACAGGUGGCGAAGAAAUCAGGAACGGUGAACUCAUCCAACGCUGCAGGCUCCAUGUCAGUGUUGAGCCAGAAUGUUGCUGCUUUGUUGGAGAUUCCUUUUGAAGAUCAAGGAGUUCCCCACAUCACAACUGAGACCUCAGUGAGUGUAGGUGUGGGGGAGCCAGAGUUUGUGUUGGGCCAACUCUACCAGCUUUCUGCCAGCCUGGCUCCAGAGGUUGCCAAGUCCUGGGCUGCCCUGGCCAGUUGGACUUACCGUUGGGGCAGGAAGGUGGUGGAUAAUGCCAGCCAAGGUGAAGGAUUACCUCUUCUUCCUGGAGAAAAAAAACAGAUAGAGGAUCUGCUGCCAGCAACGACCAGUGACGAAGACAAGGAGACAAUUUUCAGCAUUCUUGGUCAGGCGAUGUGUCGACCUGCUGGAAUACAGGACGAGGACAUGGCUCUGCAGCAGGAAGAUAAUGAGGACGACAUGGUAGACGUUAUCUGGCGGCAGCUUAUUAGCUCAUGUCCCUGGCUUGGCGACGUGGGCCAGGUUGUCACAGACGGUCUAAUCCAGGUGUGGAGAUGUGUGGUGGACCGCAUAUUCGGCCUCUACCGGGUCUCCUGCCAAGCAUAUUUCACCUUCCUCAAGCUCAAUGCUGGUCAGGUCCCUAUAGAUGAGGAUGACCCUAAACUCCUGCUGUCUUGUCAAAACACCAAACAGAGCAAUGACGAUAUGAUCGUCAUGGCAACCCUGCGUCUCCUUCGUCUGCUGGUGAAGCACGCUGGGGAAUUGAGAGAAGGCCUUGAGCUGGGCUUAGCUUCAACUCCUACAGCACCCUGGAGAGGUAUUAUCCCCCAGCUGUUUUCCCGUCUCAACCACCCAGAGGCGUACAUACGACAAAGCAUAUGCAGUCUACUAUGUCGAGUAGCCCAAGACUCCCCACAUCUCAUCCUGUACCCAGCUAUUGUGGGUUCACUUUCCUUGGGUGGAGAGGCUCAGAAUUCAGGAAGCAAACUGCCUUCGGCUCUGCCUACCUUCUUGGGCAGUAUGCAGGAAGAGGGCCUUGGUGGAGAGGAGGAGCAGUCACAAAGUGGUGGACAUGGAGGUGAUUCAGAGGAGCUGGCAUCCUUUUGCUCUAGGCAAGACCAAGCCAUGAUGCAGGACUGUUACAGCAAGAUUGUAGAGAAGCUGUCCUUAGCCAACCCCAUAAUGGUGCUACAGGUCCAGCAGCUGGUGGGUGAGCUGCGCAGAGUAACCCUACUGUGGGAUGAACUAUGGCUGGGUGUGCUACAACAGCAGCACAUGCAUGUCCUCCGUAGGAUCCAACAACUGGAGGACGAGGUGAAAAGAGUUCAGAACAACAAUACACUGCGCAGAGAUGAAAAGAUAGCCAUCAUGCGCGAGAAGCACUCUGCUUUGAUGCGUCCCGUGGUUUUUUCCCUGGACCACGUCUGCAGCAUCACAUCGGCUCCGGCAGAAACUCCACACGAGACCUGGUUUCAGCAAACUUAUGGCGAUGCCAUCACUUCUGCCUUGGAGCGCCUGAGAAACCCCACCAACCCUGCUAACCCUGCAAGCAGCUGGCAGCCUUUCAAACAGGUCAUGAUAAGCCUGCAGCAACGCGCGCAGAAGCGAGCCAGCUACCUGCUUCAUUUGGAUGAGAUCAGCCCCCGUCUAGCAUCUAUGACCACAACAGAGAUGGCCUUACCAGGUGAAGUGUCUGCAACAGACACUGUCACAAUACAGAAUGUGGGCAACACCAUCACCAUCCUGCCUACCAAGACCAAGCCCAAGAAACUCUUUUUCCUGGGCUCAGACGGUCGCAACUACCCUUACCUCUUUAAAGGUCUCGAAGACUUGCACUUGGAUGAGCGCAUCAUGCAGUUCUUGUCCAUUGUCAACACCAUGUUCACCAAAAUCAACCAGCAGGAACAGCCACACUUCCAUGCUUGCCACUACUCCGUCACCCCCCUUGGGACGCGGUCAGGGCUCAUACAGUGGGUGGAUGGAGCAACACCGCUUUUUGGCCUCUACAAGCGCUGGCAGCAGAGGGAGGCGAUACUGCAGGCUCAGAAGGCUCAGGACUCAUUCCAGCAGCAACCAGUGCCUCCAGUGCCUCGCCCCAGUGAGCUGUAUUACAGUCGAAUUGGGCCAGCGCUAAAGGCAGUGGGGCUGAGUCUAGAUGUGACCAGACGAGACUGGCCACUUAGUGUCAUGAAGGAGGUACUGAAGGAAUUAAUGGAGGCCACACCGUCCAACCUGCUAGCCAAGGAGCUGUGGUGUUCCUGCACUACGCCCAGUGAGUGGUGGAGGGUCACUCAGUCCUACGCCAGGUCGACAGCAGUCAUGUCAAUGGUGGGUUACAUCAUUGGCCUUGGUGAUCGUCACCUUGACAAUGUCUUGAUUGACAUGACCACCGGGGAGGUGGUGCACAUUGACUACAACGUAUGCUUUGAAAAAGGAAAGAGUCUGCGGGUGCCUGAAAAAGUCCCUUUCCGGAUGACCCACAACAUUGAGUCUGCUCUUGGGGUCACUGGGGUGGAAGGAAUCUUUAGGCUUUCCUGUGAACAGGUGGUUCAGAUGAUGCGUCGAGGCAGAGAGACUCUUCUGACCCUGCUGGAGGCCUUUGUGUAUGACCCCCUGGUAGACUGGACUGCUGGGGGGGAGGUGGGCUUUGCUGGUGCAGUGUAUGGAGGAGGUGGCCAACAGGCAGACAGCAAGCAGAGCAAGAGGGAGAUGGAAAGAGAUAUCACACGCUCCCUCUUUUCCUCCAGGGUAGCCGAAAUUAAGGUGAACUGGUUUAAGAAUCGUGAUGAGAUGUUUGCAGUGCUGCCACAAGUAGAAGAGGCUGUGGAGGAAUACUUGGUUCUGCAGGAGCUCCUCUGCCAGGGGGAGAAGCUACAAGCCAAACUACAGGAGGAGACUGCCUUCCUGGAGGGAGCAGAGAACCACCCAGACCACCUCAUUGAGAGCCUGGAGCAGAGGUACACUGAACACACCCAGCUGCAGUCACGGCAGCGAACUGUACAGGAGGCCAUUCAAAGCAAGCUGACUGACCUGGACCAGUGGAUCUCCCAGUACCAGACAGCAUUCGCCAACCUGGAGGCAACCCAGCUAGCCAGUCUUUUGCAGGACAUCAGCAGCCCCAUCGAGCUUGGUCCUCCUAGCUAUGUUCCAGCCACUGCCUUCUUGCAGAAUGCAGGCCAGGCCCAGCUGAUCAGCCAGUGUGAGAGCCUUGAGGCAGAAGUAAGUGCCUUGCUGCAGCAGCGUCGUGGGGCUCUUCAUGGAUGCCUGGAGCAGCUGCACAGCUAUGCCACAGUGGCUUUGUUGUACCCACGCUCAACCCUGGCGCUCCACCGGGCACACCAGUGGAAGGCCUGGUUGGAAGAACUGCUCAACGAUAUGACAGUGGAGCACUGCCAGCAUAUUUAUAGACAAUACGAGGUGUUAUUCACCCCCCAGCCUGCCCCUGCCUCCUGCCAGUUCCUGACCAGUGUGGAGUUAACUUUGCAGCACCAAGUGGCUGAGGCCAAUGAACGCGUGAUGCACCAGACGGAGCGCGUGAAGGCUGAAGGUACGACUGUAGAAGCCUGUGAAGAGCAACUGCAAGAGAUCGAACGCUGCAUCACGGUCUUCCUCCAUGAGAACGGGGAAGCGGGCUCCCUCAGCCUGGCUGCCAUCAUUACCUCUGCCCUUUGCACACUCUGCAGGCGUAAUCUUGUCAUGGAGGGGGCAGCAGCCAGUGCUGGAGAGCAGCUGGUCGACCUGACGUCUCGGGAUGGGGCUUGGUUUUUAGAGGAGCUCUGCAGUAUGGUUGGAAAUGUCAGUGCCUUAGCUACACUGCUGCAGAGCUGCCCACUACUGCCCCAUGAUCUGGACUUACCUGCCCCUUCAGCCAUCACUGAGGCUGUGUACCUGGCCAGUGCUGUGUACACCUGCUUACAGGAAUUGAAUUCCAACUUCCGUCAGAUAAUUUUCCCAGAGGCUCUGCGCUGCAUGAUUAAAGGAGAGGCCACCCUAGAGUCCAUGUUGACGGAGCUGGAGCAGCUGGUGGAGCAGAGCUCUGAUGGUCUGGGCCUGCAGGGCAUGGCAAACAGUCUGCUGGCUAGCACAGGCUUGAAUAAUGACGGGCACAACCACUGCCUCCACAUCACCAGCAUGCUGCGUGCUCAGUACUCAGAGCUGAUCCAGCCCCGCACUAUGGAUGGACCAGGGCAGGACACACCAAAGAUGUCUGCUGGACAAAUGUUGCUGGUGGCCUUUGAUGGCAUGUUCACCCAGCUGGAGACAGCGUUCGGCCAACUCACUGAGAAGCUGAGUACUUUGGAGGUGCCAUCUGCCUGGAGGAAGGUGGAUGUUCUGAGGGAAGCACGGGCAACGCAGCCCCAUUUCUUUGACAGCCUGAAUCAGCGACAGCUGAUGGAAGAAGUCUUCUUUCUCAGGAGACUGCAAGCCAUCCAAGAUUUCUUCAGGCUCUGUUCUUCCUUUGCUCAGACUCUGUCUGGUACGUGCCCUCCAGCAGAGGAGCUUUUACCUACAAAUGGACCGGCUGGUUUAGGAAAUCCACUGUAUCGCCGGCCCAAUGCUGCAGGCUUGGGAGUGGCAGUGGUCAAUGAGGAACAGAUGUCUCGGCCUAUCAAGACAUUCACAGCAGAGUUUGUUCGGCAGAUGCUAAUGGGGCUGCCCAGUCAGGCCCUCGGUUUGGUCCUCUGCAGCACCCUCUCUGCGUUUGGGCUCGACAUUGUUACUCAGGUGGAGGCAAAAGACUUCGGAGCAGAGAGCAAGGUCUCGUUGGAUGAGCUCUGUAAGAAAGCAGUGGAGCAGUGCGUGGCAGAGGGCCACGUCUCCCAACUGCUGCUGAACAGAGCCACAGUCCUAGCCUCCUCCUAUGACACAGCCUGGAAGAAAGUGGACCUGCUCAGGAGGUUGGAAGCUAACCUGGAGGCUGCCAAGGCCAGUCUGCAGAGGAGCCAGCUUCACAUCGCCAUGUUCCAGUGGCAGCAUGAGGAUGUUCUGAGCCCCAACAACCAGCCCCUGAGUGUCAGCAUCCCCCCUCGCUCCGUCAUCCUCAGCAACAUGAAGAAGAAACUGUACAAGCUUAGCCAAGAUGAGGCAGCUAUCGUUGCCAUUCAGGAGAAGUUGGCAUUACUGGAUGCCAGCAUUGAGCAGCGUCUGAAGUGGGCUGGUGGUGCCAACCCAACUCUGGCCCCUGUCCUGCAGGACUUUGAGAUGACCAUCCGGGAGAGACGAGCAGUGAUAGCAAGAGAAAACCAACGCACCAAUCAGGUCACUUUCUUGUGCUCCACUAUCCUGAACUUCGAAGGUCUUCGGACUCGAUCCCCUGAGGCUCUCAGCAUGGACGCAGCACUGUUUGAAAUGCUAAAACGCUGCCAGCAAACCUGUUCCUAUGCUUCCCAGUUUAGCAGCACUGUGUCUCCACUGGAGCUCCAACUACUGCACAGACUGGGGCCACUGCUGGACCUGCCAAUAGGCAGCCCUGACUGGCUGCGCUGUGCUAAAAGGCAGCUGGAGGAGGAGUUGAGGACUGAGCAGAGGACUCAGGAGGAGAGAGAGCAGCAGCUGGAGUCCUAUGGAGAGACACUACAGCUCCUGGUGGACUCCAUCAAAACCAUACUGUCCAACCACAAUCGGCAGCUCGCCGACGUCAAGCACCUGCUGAAAGCUAUGGCUAAGGACGAGGAGGCGGCUUUGGCAGAUGGCGAAGAGGUGGCGUAUGAGGGCAGCGUGCGUCACUUCCUGUUGGAGUACAAAGCCUGGCAGGAUAAUAUCCAGCUGGUGUUGUUCACUGUGGUACAGACCAGCGGGCAACCCCGCAGCCAGGAGCAGCUUGAACUUCUGGAGGAGAUUCCUGGUACCCUGAAGGAGCUCCAGACCCAGAGCCAGAGUGUCUAUAAUGGCCUGGUGAGCUUCGCCUCUCCGCUGGUGACAGACAGUGACUGUGCUAGCCCCGUUCCUGCAGCACAGACCACCUUUGCAGCAGCUGUUAGAUGCAGUGGAGUGAAGACUCAGCCUGACUCAAUGUCCCAGAAUGCACGCAAGGCUCUGCCACGUAACUUGGGAACCCCCACUGAGACCCCACCCAGCACACUGCUGACGAACAGCAAGGGCCUCAAUCCAAGUCCCAAGAGGGCCAUACGGGAUCCUAAAACAGGAAGAGCUGUUCAGGAGAGGAACUCGUAUGCAGUCAGUGUGUGGAAGAGGGUGAAAGCCAAGCUGGAGGGCAGAGACAUUGAUCCCAACAGAAGGAUGAGUGCCACAGAGCAGGUGGACUUUGUCAUCAAGGAGGCCACCAACUUAGACAACCUGGCCCAGCUGUACGAGGGCUGGACUGCCUGGGUGUGACUGCUGUGCUGUGUUAUGUCUCUGUCCAGCGAAAGCUUGGAGAUCAACCAGAGUCGAGCAGGUCUGGGGGUGUCGGAACAGCAGCACCAAGCCACACUAGGGAGAGGAAAUGGGAAGCGGAUGCUUAGUCCGCCCUUCCAAACUCCUGGGCACCCAAACUGGGGUGGCGACCUAGUAGCUCCGCUGCAACCACACUCCUCCAACUACCAGCGAUGAGGCUAACGAUGCUUUUUGGGCCUGCAGCCCCACUUCCUUCUGGGGUGUUGACCAGGUAAAGCAGCACCGAACGGGGGAGUGGGAAAGGAGGGAAAAGGCCUCCUUACUCUCAACUCGGAGAGACCGUCCCCCCUCACAUGCAUAGCUCACCAUCCAGUUGUACCCAUAAACAUCGCUGCGUCCUACAAAGUCACUCAUAGUCUACCUUGAGGGCAGGACGAAGCUGGGAGUGAGCUGGUUUCCUCUGAAGCACCCAGCUGACAUGCUGUGGGUAGGACUUCAACAGGGCUGAAGCUCAGAUGCGCCCACACUUGUUUUUCUGUAAUCUUUUCCUCCAUAGCAUUCUGAUUCUGAUUGGCCAAUGGGUGACACGGCUGGGUGGGAAUGAUAGGAGCACGAGUCAGCCGAACCUCUAAAGCUACAUGGACCCCCACCAGAAAUUUAAAGUAAAGAGGUGGGACGUAGGUGAAAUGUACUUUAAAUGAUGAACAUUGAAGACUUUCUGAAAUAUGAUCCAAUUCACAGAAUAAAUGAUGGACAUGAUUUCUCAGGAGGGUUCUUUGUAUUUUUGUGGACCUGAAACCUGCCUCACCUGUCGUAUGGUAACGUUUUGGAUGACCUGUGUGUGUGUGUAGGUGUCCGUAUGUUUGAGGUUAGAACAGGCACAUCAGGUGAACAUUACCUUAUCGUUACCUUCAGUGUGUAUAGUGUAGUUACCGUGUUGUGCUUUGUAACUAUCUUCAGUCCUUCUUUUGACACAACAGUAGUUCUUGGUACUCCUGUCUUCUUUUGACUUGCCUGUCACGAGCUGUUCCCUGCUUUAGUCAUAUUCACUCCCCGUCCCCAAUGCCUGCUUUUUAUUAUUAUUGACCUGGUUUUACAUUUUUAGUGCAAGACUUAUGUUUUUGGUGAUGGUGCAAAAGGUUAAUUCUUAAAGAUUUUAUUGGAUUUUGUUGGAUGCCAAAUAAAUAUAGAAGUGAGAA